AUGCCAUCCGGACUCUUCAAUUCAAGUUACUACGGCAAAGAUUACCGCGCCGGGGCCGCCUUGCUGCGUGCUCGACGACCAUAUCUCGUUAGAAAUGCAUUGACGGGACUCGGUCUUUGCGGGUUCAUCGUUGGUGUUUAUGCAUUCACAAUCCGCGCAGUUGGUCAGGAGGAUUUCUCGGAUGUCGUUGUUCCGUCAGCGCCGGCUGCGAGCGAACAGCAGAAAUAG